GUAUUGGGAGACGAAGAGAAGAAGCCGUUCGUUGAAGAGGCGGAGAGAUUGAGAAUCAUUCAUAAGAGUCAACAUCCAGACUAUAAAUAUCAGCCGCGAAGACGAAAAAGUAAUAAAUGCAGUAAUAGUUGUGACGAGACAUCUAAAGGAAAGACAAAAGCAGUUAAACAAACUUCCGUUUCUCCCGCAUCAAAUAAAUCAACAAAGAAGGAAAGCACAAAAAAUGGGUUGAAUGCUGUAAAACGGAAACCAAAUCAGACCAUUGUUAGCAAUGGGAACGGCACUAACGGAGCCCUAACGCUAACCCCUCCUCACACACCCUCUAAUGAAAUAAACCCUUUACAGCGCAAGAGAGAAAGCACUGGAGAGACAAAACCAGUUGCCAAUUCCGGGCCCCAACACAAUGGCACGUCAGGUACCGGUGGUCCGCAUGCCAUUGACUUCAGUCACGUUGAUGUGGGAAAUCUGACCACAGAAGUGAUGACAAACAUCGAUGAGACAGAACUGGACCAAUACCUGCCACUCGUGAACGUGUCUUCGGCG